CACACUGCGCAGGCGCGAGAUCGCUCCUUCUUCACACUGCGCAGGCGCGAGAUCGCUCCUUCUUCACAAUGCGCAUGUGCGAGAUCGCUCCUUCUUCACACUGCGCAGGCACGAGAUCGCUCCUUCUUCACACUGCGCAGGUGCGAGAUCGCUCCUUCUUCACACUGCGCAGGCGCGAGAUCGCUCCUUCUUCACACUACGCAGGCGCGAGACCGCUCCUUCUUCACACUGCGCAGGCGCCAGAUCGCUCCUUCUUCACACUGCACAGGUGCGAGACCGCUCCUUCUUCACACUGCGCGGGAGUGAAAACGGGAAGUGCAUGCUGGAUA